AUGGCUGAUCAGGCCAGACCACUGACGGCAGGAGGAGGACGCGAACGCAACAGGCCGCCGGCGCCGCCAGCACCACAGCUGCAGCGGACAGCGAAUAAGGUCGUGCGCUCGCAAAAGAUAACCCAGGCCACAUCGCCCAUCGGCGCGCGCCCUCCGCCGACCCCGGCCCUCCCGGACGACGAGACACAGGACCGCGCGCCCCCGAUACCCCUGCCCCGCUCCCACACGCCCGGCCACCUGUCGUCCAGGAGUCAGGACCGCCGCCGCAAGCCCUCGGAGCUCUCCAUCCGCCAGCGCUCCCAGUCAUCAGCCACCCCGGGCUCUGGCUCACUGUCUGCCACCUCGUUCUCGGCUUCGGCCUCUGCCUCCCAGGCCUCCUUCGUAAUCCCUCCCUCUAAGACUCCCACACCUACUUCGGCACGUCACGCGACCUCGGCCACCACAACUCCCACAACGGCCCUCACCUCGAACGGCACCGGCACCGGCACCCCCACUGGCACCGGCGCCGCCGCCUCGCGCGACACAACCGAGAGUGGCAGCAAUGGCGGUAGACGCCCCACGGCGCUGCGGUCCACGUCUGCUAUAGCCGCUAGGCCGGGGGCUCCGUCAGUAGCAUCGGGUUCAACUGGCCCCGUGUCCCGCGCGGGCACAUCACGGGGCGUCCCGGCACGUGGGGCCGCCGCCUACACAGCCUUCCCGCCGCUCGCGGACCCGCGGACCGCGCCCGACGUGCUGGCAGCGCCGUCGUCGGGUAUGUACUGGAGCCGGGCGCCCGUGUCGGGGUCCCCGCACACGGCGCUGCGGGCGCACACGACGACGCUGGUGGGGUCCAACGUGUUCGUGUUUGGCGGGUGUGACUCGCGGGCCUGCUUCAACGAGCUGUAUGUGCUAGACGCCGACGCCUUUUACUGGUCGACGCCGCCCGUCGUGGGCGAUGUGCCGGUGCCGCUUCGCGCCAUGACGUGCACAGCCGUGGGCAAGAAGCUCGUCAUCUUUGGUGGCGGCGACGGCCCCGCUUACUACAACGACGUCUAUGUGUUGGACACGGUCAACUUUCGCUGGUUCCGCCCGCGCAUCGUCGGCGACCGGAUUCCCUCAAAGCGCCGCGCCCACACGGCUUGCUUCUACAAGAGCGGCAUCUACGUUUUUGGUGGCGGCGACGGUGUUCGCGCACUUAACGACAUCUGGCGUCUCGACGUGAGCGACUUCAACAAGCUGUCGUGGAAGCUCAUUUCGGGCCCCUCGUCCUCAUCACCCGUCACCCAGGGGCCCGGCAGCAAGGACCUCCGGCCCAAGGCCCGCGGCUACCACACGGCCAACAUGGUGGGUAGCAAGCUUAUCAUAUACGGUGGGUCCGACGGAGGCGAGUGCUUCAACGACGUGUGGGUCUACGACGUCGAGACGUAUACGUGGAAGUCGGUCAGCAUCCCCAUCACCUUCCGCCGCCUUUCGCACACGGCCACCAUCGUCGGCUCGUACCUCUUUGUCAUUGGCGGCCAUGACGGCAACGAGUACUCCAACGACGUCCUGCUGCUCAACCUCGUCACCAUGUCCUGGGACAAGCGCAAGGUCUACGGCCUGCCCCCGAGCGGCCGCGGCUACCACGGCGCCGUCCUCUACGACAGCCGCCUACUCAUGAUUGGCGGCUUUGACGGGAGCGAGGUCUUCGGCGACGUCUGGAUCCUCGAGCUCGCCGUCCACGCCUACUACUCCCAAAUCAGCCAUUUCACCAUUGAGGUCUAG